AUGGCUAACAAGAUUUUCUUGCUUCUUCUGCCAUUGAUUUUAUCGUUUUCGUCCUCAACUUCACCAUCUGAUAGUUUAAGCAAAGGCUCAUCUUUGUCAGUGGAGAACCCAAAUGAUGUUUUGACUUCACCAAGUGGUAUUUUCUCCGCUGGAUUUUUUCCGGUUGGAGAUAAUGCUUACUGCUUCACAAUAUGGUUUAGUAAACCUUUCUGUGACGGCAAUUGCACAACAGUUUGGAUGGCAAACCGUGACCAACCUGUCAAUGGAAAACAAUCAAGUCUGUCUUUGUUGAAGUCUGGUAAUCUUGUCCUAACCGAUGCCGGUCGGUUCACUGUUUGGUCUACAAACACUUUCUCACAAUCUACAGUGAAUUUACAGCUCAAUGACAAUGGAAAUCUUAUCUUAUAUGACUUGGAAGCCAGUGUAAUACUUUGGAAGAGCUUUGAUUUUCCCACAGAUACUCUACUUCCUGAGCAGCCACUCAUCAAAGACAAGAAGCUUGUGUCAUCAAGAAGUCAAAGCAACUUUUCUUCAGGUUUCUUCAAGCUUUAUUUCGACAACGAUAAUGUUCUCCGUCUUCUUUAUGAUGGUCCUGAGACUUCAAGCAUUUACUGGCCAGAUCCAGAGCUGAUGAGCUGGGAAGCUGGGAGGUCCACUUACAACAGUAGUAGAAUUGCUGUUUUUGAUUCUUUGGGAAACUUUAGCUCAACUGAUGAUUUUACUUCUAUGUCAGCAGAUAAUGGAGUAGGGAUCCAGAGGAGAUUGAAAAUUGAUUUCGAUGGUAAUCUUCGGUUAUACAGCCGAGAAGAUGGGAGAGACACAUGGGUUGUUUCAUGGCAAGCCCUGUCUCAACCUUGUAGGAUUCAUGGGACUUGUGGUCCUAACAGUUACUGCAGCUAUGUUCCUGAUUUUGGUAGAAAAUGUUCUUGCCUUCAAGGAUUCAAGCUCAAUGAUCAUACGGACUGGUCUUUGGGUUGUGAAACAGAAUUCAAUCUUUCUUGUAGCAAAAACGAUAGCGGCUUCCUUCAGUUAACUAAUCUCGAGUUUUUUGGCUACGACUAUGGCUUCUAUCCUAAUUACACCCUAGAGAUGUGCGAGGAUUUAUGCUUGCAGACAUGUGGUUGCAAAGGGUUCCAGUUCAAAUUCAUCAAGCACGACUAUCCUAGUAACAUUCCGUAUUGUUUCCUGAAGACCGUAUUACUAAAUGGGCAUCAUUCACCAAAUUUUGAAGGAGACCUCUACUUGAAAGUGCAAAAAAGCAGUCUCAACUCUGGAACUCCUGCUGAAGAAUUCAGGUUGGAUUGCUCUGGUGCAGUUGUCACCCAGCUGGGCAGAAGGUAUGCAGAAAGCCAUGAAAAUGGAACGAUUAAAGCUAUACUUUGGUUUGUUUGUGCAGCUGGAGUAGUUGAGUUGUUUGGUGUUUUAUUGGUGUGGUGUUUCCUGAUAAGAAACCAAAACCACACGGGUGCCAGUAAACAAGGUUAUUUUUUUAUCGAUACUGGCUUCAGAAAAUUCACUCACUCUGAGCUAAAAAAGGCAACUCGGGGUUUUAGUGAAGAGAUUGGAAGAGGUGGAGGGGGAAUUGUAUACAAAGGAAUACUACCUGACGGUAGAGUUGCAGCGAUUAAGCAAUUAAACGAAGCCAAUCAAGGAGAAGCAGAAUUCCGAGCAGAAGUUAGCAUAAUCGGGAAGCUCAAUCACAUGCACUUGAUAGAGAUGUGGGGAUAUUGUGCUGAGGGAAAGCACAGGCUGUUGGUCUACCACUACAUGGAGCAUGGAUCCUUGGCAGACAAGUUAUCUUCUGAUGCACUUGACUGUGAAAAGAGGUUCGACAUUGCUGUGGGAACUGCUAGAGGCCUUGCUUAUUUACAUGAAGAGUGUCUGGAGUGGGUUUUACAUUGUGAUAUAAAACCUCGAAACAUACUCCUAGGUUACAACUACCAGGCGAAGCUCUCAGAUUUUGGCCUAUCUCGGCAGUUAAAAAGAGAGAGCCAAGCAGGUUCAAGCUUCUCUAGGAUAAGAGGAACUCGAGGUUACAUGGCUCCAGAGUGGGUUAUGAAUCUGCCAAUCACAUCUAAAGUAGAUGUUUUUAGCUAUGGGAUGGUGUUGUUGGAGAUGGUCACCGGAAUGAAUCCAACAGAGGACAUGCAAAACAGAGGGUUGGUUACAUGGUUGAGAGAAAAGAUGAAGGAAGAUAAUGCAACCGAUUCUUGGAUAGAAAAAAUGGUGGACCGUAAUUUGAAAGGCAAAUAUGACAAAGACAUUGGUAAGAUGGAAAUUCUGGUUCGGGUGGCUCUGAAGUGUGUGAAUGAUGACAAAGAUGCAAGACCAACCAUGGGGGAGGUAGUUCAGAUGCUUUUGCACCAUGAAAAUGGUUCCGUAUCCAUCUAA